AUGGACCGUCGUCCUCAUCGUUCGCCACUGCCUGGUGCACCUCCUCCCGGUACCAGCAGCAGGCAGCAAACAUUCGAAGGUCUUCCCACGCUCGAGCAGGGCUUCUACCCCAUUCAGCGACACCAAGUCCACCCAGGAGACGCGCCACCGUGGACGUCCCAGCAGCCUGUACACAUCCUCCGCUCAGAGUCAGAGUUGAAUCCUCAACAGGAUAUCUACAGUACGGGUGUAUACCAGGAGCUACCGUACGCUUCGUCAGAGAUCCCACAACAGCCUUCUUCCUCCUCUCGCAACGACAGGGACAGGAUGCAAGGUGGUCAGGGGGAACAGCAGCAGCAGCGCGUGGGAAGGAAGAGGGGCAGAGUACCGACUUCCUGUACUGAGUGUCGUGCGCGAAAACAAAGGUGUGACGGCGCACAGCCUUGUCUGCAAUGCUCGAAACGACAAGUCGACCCCAGCAUCUGUCGAUAUGAGAUCGAUCCCCGGACGACAUCAUCUCGGGAAGCCGGACAAGAGGGUACAGGACCGAGUGGUAAUGAGGGGAGGAAAGAGAAGAGAAGAAGAAGCGAAGCUCCGAUGAGGGACGAUGUUAAAGCGCUCGCGCACGGGAUGUGGAAUGCUCCUUUGGCAUUCUCUGGGGGCAGAUUUGACGAUGAACGAAGGCGAGCAGGAGAUGACGGUCUUGCAAGACACCAGAUGACGGAAAGGAAUCCAAGACCGCCCAAUCUCGACACCAUGCUGAACGAUCUUUCUGCUUAUCCCAUGGUGGGCUCUGGUAUUCGGCGACGGUGGGACGAGUCGCGCAGCGGUAUGCAGCAAGGAGGAUCGCUCAACAUGGACCUCUAUGGAGUUCAGAGUGCCCAUUCGGGCUCGAACAGUCACCACAACCGUCCUCCAAUCAUUCCUCCCAGUCCCGUUCUUCGACCGAGAUCAGAAGCCGACGUACGCGGUGACUCUGUUUAUGAAGGCUAUGGGAGGACAAAGAGGAACAGCGCGCCGAAAUCAUCUUCAUCUGAGGGUGAUGCGAGCCCGAUGGCAAGAAGAGUGCGAGACUUGUCCCCGCCGGGGCCACAGAAGGAGGAUUCGACAGCUCGGAAUGCUUUCAAGCGCAACGGAUUUUUUAUUUCUGACGCGGCCAAGAUGAUCCUUGGACCGACAACAGCAGCGAAGGAAGCCCGACCCCAAAGCGACUUCGACAAGGCUCAAUCAUGGUCUCCUGAAAACAUCAAGUCGCGAUGUCUCGGCAAGCUGCCUGCCAAGGAGCGAUGCGAUGAACUGGUUCAGAGAUACUUUGACCGCUUCAACAGGCAAGUGUUCCUCUUUUGCUGCUCAUUGAAAAACCGAGUCUGA